AUGAAGGGCAACGCUUCCGAAGUCAAGGUCCACUACAAGGGCAACAACGACGACUUCAUCGUGAUCGUCGACUCGGUGCAGGCCGUGAAAGACUGGAAGAAGGACAGCAGCGUGCCAUUGGCGCAGGUCGUCAGCAGCUUCAAGGUCUUUCUGACAAUACCUCUCCUUCAUAGACACGGUAACCAGGGCAUCUUGGACGGCGCCUCGAAGGGUUCUCUCGAGAGCGAGUUUGGCACGAGCAAUGACGAUGAGGUGGUCAAGCAGAUCUUGGAGAAGGGCUCGAUCGUCGAGACUGGAGUGAGUGGACAACAUAUUCGUGACAACAUUCGUGACAUCUCUGACGAUACCUCAUAG